AAGAAUGACCGAUGACGUAAUGGCGCCUUAUUGGUUAGACACGCGGAAGUGAGAGGACCGGUAGAGCUACAACAACAAGAGGUCCGUCGUGUGUUUUUGUGGUUUUGUUCGUCCCGGGAAAGUUCUAGAAGACAUGGCGAUACCGACCCAGCUCAAGGCUGUCCAGCACCACCUGCGGACCGCACAGGAACACGAGAAAAGAGACCCAGUGGUGGCUUACUACUGCCGCCUGUACGCCAUGCAAACUGGAAUGAAGCUGGACAGUAAAACUCCUGAGUGCAGAAAGUUCCUGGUCAAGCUCAUGGACCAGCUGGAGCUGAUGAAAGAAGAGCUGAAAGAAAAUGACUCCAUCACUCAGGAGGUGGUUGGCAAUGCGCACAUCGAAAACUACGCCUUAAAGAUGUUCCUGUAUGCUGACAACGAGGACCGAGCUGGGCGAUUCCACAAGAACAUGAUCAAGUCUUUCUACACGGCCAGUCUGCUGCUGGAUGUCCUGUCCGUCUUUGGAGAGUUAUCAGAUGAGAAUAUCCAGCACAGGAAGUACGCCCGCUGGAAGGCCACGUAUAUCCACAACUGUCUGAAGAGCGGCGAGACGCCUGAAGCCGGCCCGGUCGGCAUGGAGCUGGAGCAGGAAGCAGAUGGAGAUGAAGGUUUCUCAGGUCAGGCCUUCUCACCGCGGGGUUCAUUCCAGGGGGGCUCUUCCUCCCAGGACCAGACGUUAAGUGCGGGUCCGACCCCGGGCGUGGGCUUCGCCGCGGGUCCGACCCCGGGCAUGGGCUUUGCCGCUGGUCCAGAUUUGGCGCCAUCGGGCCCCCCCUCUGCCAACUUCAACAACAUCCACAUCCCUCCUGGAGCGCACGCCCCCGCCAACACCCCUGCUGAGUUGCCGCCCCCUACAGACGCAGUCAAACCAGUACCGAUGCCUCGAGCCGCACACACUAUUGAUCCCCCCUCCCUGCUCAACAACACCCAGCACCAAGGUGAUGUUCAUCUGUCUCCAGAAGACUUCACCAAAGCCCAAAAGUACUGCAAGUAUGCAGGCAGCGCCCUUCAGUAUGAGGAUGUGUCCACUGCCAUCCAGAACCUCCAAAAGGCCCUCAAGCUGCUCACCACAGGCAAAGAAUGAUGCCUUUGUCCUCCUCCACCCCAGCAGCGCUCUAUCUGCAAUAUCUUCUCUCUCUCUCUCGCACACACACACACACACACACCAGAGUCUAACAAUGGCUGCUAUAGUCUUUGGUUGGUUUCGUUAUCAAAUGAUGCGCUUGUGAACAUGACAUGGCGUAGUGCACCUUGUCAAGCAAUGAGAGUGGACAGGCGGCACCUUUUUUAGCACUGACAAUUACCAUGUGACCAAAACUGACCUUGAUUGACUCUCCAUCAGAACCCAAAUAAACAGACCUCAUCAUCUUUACUUUGCUUCCAGAAAUGAUUUGGGUUAUCGGUUGCUUGUGUUGAUUGACAGUAGCCAUAUCUGCUCCAGGACUCCCCCUACAGGUAUCAGGAUACAUUGACUUGCAAGCUGCGUGUACAAUGAACAUCCAUGCUAAGCUAAUGCUAACACAACCGGCUCUGCUGUAUUAGUAUGCUAUCCUCUUGUGAACCAUACCUUUUCACUAUUGUCACUAAUCUUGACUUGUAAAUCUGAUGCAAUCCUUCAAAAACAUUUCAAUAAAAUGUUUGACUUAUA